AUGACAAGACUGGAAUCGGAGCGCAUCGAAAUUCUCGAGGGCGGUGAGGGUAUGGUGAAAGCAGAGAAGCCAGCUGGCCCUGACGACGAUGACCUCACUUCCCUCACGUGGCUGCAAGACAAGAACCUCCUCAAGGGAAUGAACCUGCGUACGGCGAGCAAUGCCGGGGCGCAGGGCUCCCCGACGAGCGACUACGUGGACGAGGGCAGCUGCUGCUCGACCGGAGAGCCCCCUGCCAGCGACUCGAGCGGCUGCUCCUCCAGUGGGCGCUCGCCUGCCAGUCCCGGCUCCGCCAUUGCUGUAGCUGCCACCGCCACUGCCACGGGCACCACCCCCGGCACCACGCCCGUAACUGGUGCAGCCGCUGUCGCUGUGAUGGCUGCCCGCGGCAAGCAUCCACAGCAUGUCCCCUAUGACCCUCUGGUUCACGUUAAUUCCAAACCCCCUUAUUCCUUUUCCUGCCUCAUCUUCAUGGCGAUCGAGGACUCUCCGGGCCACGCGCUACCGGUGAAGGAGAUCUAUGCUUGGAUACUGGAUCACUUCCCGUACUUCAAGAAUGCACCCACUGGAUGGAAGAAUAGUGUGCGGCACAAUCUCUCUCUCAACAAGUGCUUCCGGAAGGUCGAGAAGGCCCCACAGAAUUUGGGUAAAGGUUCCCUGUGGAUGGUUGACCCGAUGUACCGACCGAACCUCGUGCAGGCACUUGCGAAGUCGCCCUUCCAUCCGUACAGCACCAUUGUCAGCAGAACUGCUUCUGUGAAUAGCAGUCCGGGCUCCGGUUCGCUGCCGAGCACCCCCGCGAAGGCACCGCCGUCCCCCGGCAGUGCGGCUCGUCAGCAGUCUCCCCCGGCCACUGCCGCAAGUAGCAGUGGGAAUGGCAGUGGCGGCGGCAGCAGUGGCGGCAGCAACAACAACAACGUUCCCGACCCGACGCUUUUCCCGUUUCUCAGUCGUCGACUCGCACUGAGCACCACCCCACAGUCGGGAUCCCCUCCGCCGUCGCAACCCUCCGCCCAAGUGAGCCGCGACGACAGCCUCGAUGAUGUGGAUGCUGCGGCGGCGAUGCUAGCUCUGAAGCACGCGCACCUCCGUAUACCACGCAGAGAUGACUGGUACAAAAGGCUGCGUGAAGAAACCUCUGAAGCUGUAGGACUUCGCAAGAAAAUGAGAGUAUCAUCUAGACCUGGCCAGACGGAAGAGCGAAUGGUGAUCACGACGUCGCCGAGUGAGGACCACACGUACAGUGCCGCCCUCAACCUCUCGGCCCGCUCCUCUGGAAUUGUCGCCGUGUCGACUACGCCUGCAGGCCCUCACGGGCCCCACGCCCCGCCUUCCACGACUUCCUCGCCGGACGAGGCUUUCGAGGAAGGUUCUGACUCGGAUGACGGAACUGACGGAAAAAACACUCGACUGGGUCGCGGAGCGACUGUCGACACCGUACCGUCAGUGACGUCUGCGCACCGCAUCCUCUACAACCACCAGGAUCGAGGGGACACCUCGGACGAGGAGCGGCGCAAGAUCGCGGAAGGUGCUGAUGCCCUCCUCAACUUGGCCGGAAUUCGCACUGAUGGAGGAGCGCUCUCCCCUCCCACCUCACUCGUGGCACCGAGCCCUGCUCCACUGCCACUGCAGAACCCAGCUCCGGCACCACAGACGACUCAGCCUCCGCCUUCUUCAGUGUAUUCUGGCCCGAGGAGCAGGCGCCGCAAGAAACCGCCUCCGCCAUCAUCACGGGCCAUUGCGACCCAGAAGUACCAGCACCACCGUUCCUCGUCGGGACACGGGAGUGGUUCGCACGGAGAGAAGAGGGGUAGUGGCUCAUCCACCACUUCGCGGAGGUAGGGCCACUCGCACCGUGGCUAUAGUGCGGUAGUGGCCACUCAGAGUGGCAUGUCGGCUCCCUGGGCGUUUUGAGAAAGUUCGCGUAUAGCGAGUUGGAACCACCUGGGUCGUACACGGACCGAGGGAGAAAAAUGUGAGUCCACUUUUUUUGUGGUUGUGUGGGGGCUUGACCGGUCUUUCUAAUUUUGUUUUAAUACAUGCCUUCUCGUAAUCUGCCGUCUCUUCUUUCUCAGAAAAAUACUGCUUAUUGGCUUGUGUUACGCUGCAUACAACUUUAGCAGAAUAAAGCAAUUCAUAACACCUUGACUUAAUGGGAUUUGCUCAUUCAGUUAACUCUUAACCAAAGAAUUUGGUUGCCCUGUUUAAAAUUUGGCUUUCUUUAAGUCAUCGAAGGUCUUCCUUACCUCUGUUCUUGUGUAAUGCAUUUAUCUCAUGCAUUCAAAACAGUAAUGAGAGUCCCAUUCAAUUAAUAUAUGAGGAAUAUAAUGGCUUUCAGUUAGUGGAUUGAUACAAGGUUUCCUAGUAUCACAAAACAAAAUAAUUUUGUCUCAAUUGUUUUCAGAACAUACUUCCAAUUGGUUUAAUAACUUUCUUGUACACAUGCAUGUGCAGUUAGAUGCCAGUUACAUAUAUGCAUUUUACUUUUUUAUGUUGCUAGGAAAGCUUCUGUUUCCUUUUUGGUUAGCUCCAGAAUUUUUUUUAAGGUAAGCUUUAGGAAUACUGUCAAUAAUCUUCCAAGGAAAAUGAUGUUAAUAAAGUUCUGAGUCCUGUUUUGCCAGCAAUUACAAAAUUGUGGAAUUAUCUCUGUUGUAUUUUCCUUCUGUAGCUUAUGUUAUUAACACGUUCCUGUAGCAUUACAAAACUGUAAUCCUGGAAAAUUUAUCUGUGUGGAAAUUUUGAAAAAGAUCAGAGUUCUACUGAAUCACAGUCAGAGUAAUGUUUGUAUGGGAAAGAAAGAGUAAACACAUUUCGUGAAUGAUGACAAAUGCUCCAUCAAUUAAUGAAAUAUAGGAUCUUGUACUCCUAUUGUAAUUGUAUUUUAGUGAAUUGUUUGCCAAAAAACAUUGCUUUUUGUCUUGCAUUGCAUGGCGGUUAUCCAUUUGUGCUUGGAAAAUUUUGUGAAGAGGGAUGAAGGCUGUUGGACAGAAUUUGAGACAGUCUACAAAUGCCCCAUGCUUUUUGUGGUAUAAUUUGUUAGUCUGUGAACUUUCUCAAAAAGCUCUUGAGUUCCCUCUCCUCUCCCCUAAACUGUGAAUGCUUUGGGGCAUUGUUUGGAAAAGAUAGGAACUAAAUCUUGAAUCCAACACUAAAGCUGUACACCAUAGAGAUCUGUACAGUGCACGUAAACUUCUAGGAUAAACAGUGUUUAACUAAAGUGGGACCACAAAAAAUUGAACCCAGCAUGUGAUAAAAUUGUAAAACUACAAAUUCAUUCACGCUUGUUUAUUUAAAAAAAGUUGAUGGCAGUGUUGUUACUCUAAAGCAGUGUACUUUAUGUAAUACCACUUUAUGGAAGACCUGUUGAAUCCUUUUAGCAAUAAUGAAUUAAUUGCAUGAAGCCUUUUCCAAACUUAUUUCUUUUGUUAAAAUGACAAGGAAAAUGAAAUAAUCUGUAAUAAUAAUUUUUUUUAGAACAUGUCUGAAUUUUAACAUUGUACAUUUUUUAAAAUUUUAAUGAACGUAAUUUUUUUGGGUUGCUCCUCACAACUGUACAUUCUGUUAUUUUCCCAUCCACGCAAAUAUGUCGCAGUGACAUUGUUGGCAGUUGAUGUUCUCAACUGUGUUAAGAUGAGCAAAGUUCUUCUAGUAUUUUCUCAAGCCAUUAUGUUCCAGCAAUGUGGAUGUUAUUUAUUCUUUCCAGCACACUGUAUGGGAAUUUUACAGUUGUUUUACACAACUGAAAAUGUGACAAAAAUCAGACUUUUCGUGCAGAGCAAUAUUUUAAUGAAAACUUGUAUCUCUUUAUGAAAAACUUAGUAUGAUUAUUUAUGGAAGUGAAGAACUUGUGUUUCUUACUAUUGUAAUUAUAUUAUUAUUACAAUUAUUAUGUUAUCGUUACUACUAUAUCAGUGUUGUUUAGCAGGGUAGCUUACCAACAUUUUGGAGGAUUUUUCCUCCUGUUAAUGAUUUAGUUUGUAUUAAGACUCGAUGAACUCGAGUUAAUAUAUUUUAUCAACAGAAUGGAAGUGACACUAGAUAUUUGUUACUUUUGGAACGUAGACUUCCAGCUAAAUGUUGGGAUCAGAAAUUAUGGAAUCAGUUUAUUGGAUGCAGCAGUUUUAUAGCCUCCUUUGUUCCAUGCUGGUAGGUAAUUGUGCUGUUGCACCUGGUGUUGAAAUUGUACAUUUCACUGAGUUUUAAACACUCUUUUCCCUAUUGCAUAUGAAGAGUAAGUUUAAAGAUCUGGGUUGUGGUUAUCUACAGAAUAUUGCUAAUAUAUUUUAAGAUAUUAUA